CAUGGGGUCUCUCUGUCUCCUGUCGCUGCCGCUCGUGCUGGGGGCCGUCGGCCGGGGAGGCGGGAACGCGACGGAGCGGGCGCCAGGCCCCCGGGGCGGCUCCCCUGCACCCUCGGGCACCGCGGCGCCUUUCUGGGUGCGGAUCAGCCCCGAGUUUGCUGCUGUGCCGCCCGGGCGCUCCCUGUGGCUCAACUGCAGCACGAGCUGCCCCCUGGCGGGGGUUCCCCGCCUGCGCACCCAGCUGCGGCGCGGCCUGACGCGCAGCGGCCCGGGGUGGGCGUCUCAGCAGCUGCUGGACGUGAGAGCCUGGAACUCCAGCGUGACCUGCUUGGUCACCUGCGCCGGGGAGACGCGCGAGGCCACGGCCAGGAUCACCGCCUACAAACAGCCGCGCAGCGUGGUCCUGGACCCUCCGGUCUUGGUGGGCAGCAAGUACACGCUGCGCUGCCACGUGACGCACGCGUUCCCGGUGGGCUUCAUGGUUGUGACCCUGAGGCGAGGAGGCCGGGUGAUCUACUCCGAGAGCCUGGCGCACUUCACCCGCCCCGAUCUGGCCAACGUGACGCUGACCUACCAGCUGCGCGCUGGGCCGCGGGACUUCUGGCAGCCCGUGACCUGCCACGCGCGCCUCCACCUCGGCGGCCUGGUGGUCCGCAGCAGCUCGGCGCCCGUAAUGCUCGAAGCUCUCGGUGAGGCGCCCGGGUCGCCUUGGGCACCGUGGGGGAGGGGGUUGGGAUGGAUGGGGUCAAGGGUUAGGAGCCCAGGAGGAGGGCGCACAGGCCGAGCCCAAGCUGCACGCGGGUGGGCAGACUUCCGUGGCCCUCGCUUCUAAUUCUCCCCUCGCUCCUGCUCCCAGCUUGGAGCUCCGAGUCCAAGGCGCUGGCCUCCGCCUCCAUCGCGGCCCUGCUGGGGAUCCUGCUCGUCGUAGCAGGUGCCUACCUGCGCAGGUGCCUGGCGCUGAAAGCCCAGGUGUAGAAGGGGCUGCUGGACGGCGGCCGAGCGGGAAGACAAAGGGAAUCUGGAACAGUCUGGGGAACCCGGGCCGGAUCCAUAAAGCCUCAGCCAGCCUCGUUCGUGUAGCCCCUCCAAGGCGAGGGUCUCCAGCUGCAAACUGCCUUCUCCACGUCCCUCAUCUCCCCCCACCCCCGAGGGCGGCAUCUGAGGUUUUUCUCGCUCGGGGUCUCACCUGCCUCCACCUUCCCAGCCGGUGUAGUUAAAAUAAUAAAGAAAUAAGCAAACCCCCUCUUCUGGCUGGCUUUAUCGAAGU